AUGGCCGACAGUGCGGCACCGCCAGCCGACGCCCCCGUCGCCGUCUUCAAGCGACGAGGCGCAAAGGGCAAAGCCAACCUCCGCAAGAGGCCCGCGACUCCGCCACCGGCCAACAGCGACUCCGACUCCGACUACUCCUCCUCUGAAGACGAGGCCGGCCAGCGGAUCAAGAGGCGCAAGAAGAACACGGGCGCCAUCACAGCCUCCUCCAAAGACCACGUCACGUCAAAUAGAGACUUCUCUGCUACAGUCUACGCUGCCGAUCGCAGCGUGCCCAUAACCGACUCCAACGAUGCCACGAAACAAAGUAACUGGUACGACGAGGACGGCAAGGAAGCGCUAUCUUCUAGGAACCUUCUAGGCACCACACGCGCCACGCCAAAGGCGUCGCAGGCCCCCGACGGAACAUACAAGGGCCUCGCGAAUCAAACGUCCUUCGUCACCAGGAACCCAGACGCCCCCAAUAGGACGGUCGGCCCCAUCAAGGCGCCUACAAACAUUAGGACCAUUACAGUCACCGACUUCGCCCCCGAUGUUUGUAAAGACUACAAAACCACCGGAUUCUGUGGAUUCGGCGACAACUGCAAGUAUCUCCAUGCUCGAGAGGACUACAAGCAAGGGUGGCAGCUCGACAAGGAGUGGGAGAACGUAACCAAAGGAAAGAAAAACAUCGCGGGCACCGUCGUCGCCAGCGCCGACCGAACCACGGCCGAUGUGGACGAUGAUGACGACGAGGAGGCCAUGCUGGAGAACAUACCCUUCGCGUGCAUCAUCUGCAAGGAGCCGUACAAGGCGCCCAUCAUCACGAGGUGCGGGCACUACUUCUGUGAGCCAUGCGCGCUCAAGAGGUACCGAAAGGACCCAACAUGUGCCGCAUGCGGGUCGGGCACAAACGGCGUCUUCAACUCGGCGUCACGGUUGAAGAAGCUGCUGGAGCGGAAGAGGGAACGCGCGGCUAAGAGGCGGCAAGAGGCGAUAGAGGCAGGCGAGGAAGUUAGCGACGAGGAUGAGGAGUAG